AUGGACGGCAAGCGUCGAGGGUCCGAGGACGGUGGUUGUAGCCCAUCUGCCAUACCCAAGCGGCAACGAAUGCUCCUCGGCAAAUGGGGCGGCGAGACUCGACGGUCAAUAGAUAAUGUCCCGCCAGAGUAUCACCGCUACACAAUCGCCUGGAUCUGCGCGUUGCCCACGGAGCUGGUAGCUGCAGAGGCUAUGCUAGACGAGAAGCACGACACUCUCCCGUCAGGCGCUUUCUAUGGCAACUCCUACACGAUCGACACCAACACCUACACGCUGGGAAGUAUUGAAGGCCAUAAUGUUAUCAUCGCAUGCCUGCCAGCGGACCAAUAUGGUACCAACAAUGCGGCGAACGUGGUGACCAACUUAGUUCGUACCUUUCCGUCAACUCGACUAGCAUUGAUGGUUGGCAUUGGAGGUGGCGUCCCGAGCAGUGCUAGGGAUAUUCGACUGGGUGACAUUGUUGUUGGUACAAGAACGAUGCAAUACGACUUAGGGAAGAUUGUCGCAGGUGCCGAGAUUCAACGCACAGCAAUUGCUAGGACUCUUCACCACUCCUUUGGCAAAGCCAUCACAGUCUUGAGAGCGAAGCACGAUCGAGUUCCCAGUCAAGUUCCCUCAAUUCUCAAAGAAAGGUUCAAGACGCUCCCACAUUAUGGUCGUCCCACAGACGCUGAUCGUCUCUUCCUCUUGAACUACAACCACCCGGAAUCAGCAGCCACGUGUGACGACUGCGAUCAAACCAAGCGAAUGACUAGACGCACGCGAUUGGACAACGAUCCCGUCAUUCACUAUGGAGCGAUUGCGUCCGGCAACCAAGUCAUGAAGAAUGCUACUGAGAGGGACAUUACUGCUCGUUCCCUUGACGUUGUAUGCUUCGAAAUGGAGGCUGCUGGAAUCAUGGACAUUGUUCCUUGCCUGCCAAUCCGCGGAAUCUGCGACUACGCGGAUUCUCACAAGAAUAAAGCCUGGCAGAGAUACGCCGCAGCUGCGGCGGCAGCAUGCGCCAGAGAACUACUCUCCGUACUUCCCUCGGCCGACCAUGAAACACGAGCUGUUCCUCGUCUUGAAAUUCCCCGAGCCCUACCGGACCAGCAUCAAAGACAAGCCAAGCUUUUGGAAACUCUCAAGUUUGAUCAAAUGGACUCCCGUAGAUCUACUGUGAAAAGAGCACAUGCGAAGACAUGCGCAUGGUUCAUCAAACACCCAGAUUUCCAAACAUGGCUCAACGAAGACGAGCUAAAGCUGCACCACGGGCUUCUUUGGAUUCGCGGCAAGCCGGGCGCGGGAAAGUCGACAAUCAUGAAGUUUGCCUUGUUGAGAAUGCAAAAGGAUUCUCAUUGGCCCCCACUCGUCAUUUCGUUUUUCUUCAAUGCCCGAGGCGAACAUUUGGAAAGAUCGAUUGAAGGGAUGUACCGUUCUUUACUAUUGCAGCUCUUUCAGGGAUACCCUCAGCUCCGAUCUGUGCUUAACGAACGGUACUCAAACCAACAAGAGUAUGAGACUUGUCCAAGCUUAGAAGUCCUGAAAGAUAUGUUCUCUGAAGCUGUCCUUAGCCUUGGCCAGCUUCGGUUGACUUGCUUCAUAGAUGCUCUGGAUGAGUGUGACGAGCAACAAGUCACAGACAUGGUCCGAGACUUUGAGGACUUGGCAGAAGACGCAUCAACAGAAGGAAUUGCGUUCCGAAUUUGCUUCUCCAGCCGUCACUAUCCAUACAUAGUCGUCAAAAGGGGGGCGACAAUGAUUCUCGAAAACCAGCCAGGUCACACGCAGGAUAUGGAAAAUUACAUCAAAAAUCGUCUCCGGUUCAACAAUCCUCCUCUUGUCGAAGAACUACAGACAGAAAUACUCCGAAAGGCUGCGGGCGUAUUUCUCUGGAUCGUACUAGUUGUUGACAUCCUCAACACUGAGUAUUCCCAGGGUGGGCUGGCCUUGAAGAAAAGGCUUGUUGAGAUACCGAGCGACCUGGGCGCCCUGUUCAAGAAUAUCCUAACGCGUGAUAGCAAGAACACUGAACACUUGUUCUUGUGCGUCAUCUGGAUUCUCUGUGCCAAGCGACCUUUGAAACCAAGAGAAUUUUACCAUGCACUUUGGUCUGGUCUAUCUCAGAGCGACCUCGUGGACCCCGAUCCUCCAAACGUCACCAGCCCGGAAGACGAAGACAGCGCCACAAGAUGCGUAAUUGGUUUUUCUAAGGGAUUGGCUGAAAUUACCAAAUCUACACAGCCAACGGUCCAAUUCAUACAUGAGUCUGUCAGAGACUAUCUUCUCAAAGCUGGUGGACUUGCGGAGCUGUGGCCUGAUCUAGGCUUUGACUGGGAGCUCUCAAGUCAUGAAAACUUGAAAGCCUGCUGCAUCAAGUACAUAAGAUACUACUUGGCAUCGGGUUCGGUCUCAGAUGAAUCUCUAAGACAGUUUCCAUUCAUGGAAUACGCAAGUCAGCAGGUGUUCUUCCAUGCCGAUGCCGCAGCCGCCGGCAUUUCUCAACUCCAAUUCUUGUCUCAGUUUCCCCUCGAAAACUGGAUUCGCAUCUACAAUCGCUAUGAGAAGCAUAGGAUCCGCCGCUACGGGCCUCGAGCGAGCCUUGUCUACAUAUUCUCAGAAAUGGACUGCUCCAGGCUCAUUCGCACGAUACCAAGUAGAAAUUGGGCACGUCAUUCUCAGGACCGAUACAACUAUCCAUUGUUUGCUGCUUUGGCCAAUGGAAAUUGCAACUCGGUAGCCGCGCUCUUUGGGAUGCCGUCCGUGAUCUACAACGGAACGAAUAUCAUGGAAGGCAUGACACACAGGAGGGACUUUUUGGACUUCAAGCAAAGAACGCCAUUGUCUUGGGCUGCACAAGAUGGCCGGCUCGAAAUGGUCAAGCUUCUCCUCCGAGCCGGCUACAAUGUGAAUGAAUCUGACUAUGGUGGAUACACCCCACUGCAUCGGGCCGCCAAGCAAGGUCACGAGUCGGUUGUUAAGCUCCUCAUACGGAAUGGGGCAAAAAUCGACCAGACGGGCAAAUGUAUGCGUACGCCCCUUUAUCUUGCUGUUGUGCAUCGUCGGGAAGUGAUAGUAAGGAUUCUCCUUGGGUACAACGCGAACGCCAACGCGGGCAGCGCCGUAAAUGGCUCUUCGCCGUUGUACGAAGCCUCAAAGGCAGGCUGGAGGGUGGACCCGCCAGAAGCAAUUGUCAAACUUCUAAUCGAAAAUGGAGCGUAUGUGAAUUCUAGAUGCGACAGCGGCGAUACAGCAUUACACGCAGCUUCGAGAGCAGGCAACGAGAGGAUUGCCAAGCUUCUUAUUGAAAAUGGCGCAAUUGUCAACGCAGAGAACUAUGAACACAGAAUGACAGCACUGCAUUGCGUUUGCAGCGCACACACGGUAACGGACAUUCUCAUUGAAGAAAGGCUUAAAGAAAGGGGCCCGCUUAGCCUUAGCAUUCUCGACACGCCGGGUGAAUCCGACGCAACACUUCAAAAAAUCGACAAAGUCAUUAGCAAACUUCUCGUUGAGGUUGAACUAAAUGUCAACAGCGGCGCCAACCGAUGCAACUCAAAAUCAAAAUUAGCUCCGUCAUUUAGCUAUGAAGAGAUCGUUCGACUUCUCGUCGAGGACAAUGCUUCUGUUGAGGUGGCGAAAGGUGGCCGAGCUGCACACUUGUCGGACGAGCGGAAACAUGAUAACCAUGCUACUGCCAAAGUUCUUCUUGAUAGUGGGGCAGCUCUCGAUGUAGUAGACGAUGUUGGCGAGACACCUUUGACCAAUGCUGUGUCCGCUGGCGAUAGGAAACUACUCCAGCUGCUCCUUGAAAAUGGAGCAAAUGUUGACCUGACAGGAAACAGUUACAAGUACACACCAUUGAUUCUGGCCAUACUUCUUGGGCGUGAAGACAUGGCUAUCGAUCUGAUCGAGCAUGGGGCCAAUGUGAACCUUUCAAAACAUGCUGGCAUGACGCCACUUUCUGCAGCAAGGGAUGCUGGAUGCAGCGCUUGGCUCAUCAGGCUUCUCGAAAGGCUAAGCAUUAUCUGA